UUGUGCCCGCAGGAGCCACAGGAGCGCCCCCGCCCAGUCGAUGUUGCGCCGCAAGCCCACCCGCAUCGAGCUCCGCAGCUCCGACCGCGAAGAGCUAGAAGAACACCUACGCUCCAAAGCCGCCGCCGCCGCCGCUAAACCCACCGGCGACUCCACCCCGCUCGCAACCCCGCAGCCGUCCAACCCCCUGCUCCGCCUCCUCCACCCGCCGCCUGACGCCGCGCUCUCCAAGACCCAGCGCAUCGGCCUCCACGCCCCGAACCCCAAACCCUAGCAACCCUGACGGCAGCAGGCAUGGAGGUCGAGAUCAAGCUCCGCCUCCCCGACGCCGCCGCCCACCGCCGCCUCUCCUCCUUCCUCGCCCCCCGCCUCCUCCGCACCCACGCCCAGCGGAACCUCUUCUUCGACGCCGCCGCGCGCACCCUCGCCGCCGCCACCGCCGCCCUCCGCAUCCGCCUCUACGGCCUCGACGACGCCGCACCCUCCCGCGCCGUCCUCGCGCUCAAGCGUCGCCCCAGCAUCGAAGCCGGUGUCAGCCGCGUCGAGGAGAUCGAGGAGCCCCUCGACCCAGCCCUCGCCCUCGCCUGCGCCGCUGACCCCGUCCGCCUCGGCGGGGUCGAUUCCUCGAUCAUCCGGAUGGUCGCCAGCGAGUACGGCGUCGGUGGGGCCGCCGCGCCGUUUGUCUGCCUCGGCGGGUUCCGGAAUACCCGUGGUGUGUACGAGCUCGAGCAAGGCGACGGACUUGGGCUAGUGUUGGAGCUUGACGAGACGCAUUUCGAUUUCGGCACCAACUACGAGCUGGAGUGCGAGACGGCGGAGCCCGACCGGGCCAAGGAGGUCCUGGAGCGGCUGCUCACUAUGGCUGGCGUGCCAUAUGAGUACUCCCGGAGCAAUAAGUUUGGGUGCUUCAUGGCCGGCAAGCUUCUUCCAUAAACUAGUUUUGUGAUCGUAAUAUGCUAGUAUUAAGCCCCGUGAUUGCUGUGAAACCCGUGUGGCCAUAAUACACUUGUUCAAGCGAAACGUGUAUGGUCUGUUGCAACUAUCAUGUUUGGUGGCAUGUGAUUUCAAUCCUUGCAAAGAUAAUGUUUAGUUAUAUGACAUUGUGGUAUUUAUGCAUCCAAGAAUACAAACUUAGCUAGCCUAGCGACACAAGCUAUUGCAUUUC